AUGCUCUCGCGCUGCCAUCUUGGCAGUGACGCGCUUCGCAUGUCGAACGUCAGUUGUGAACACCGUAAAUAUAAAAAUUGCUCCAGCAAAUUAUAUAAACCGUUAAAGCGUGGCGAAGACCGCGAAAAGCUAAAGGAAAGACUUGCAAGCGUCAUGGCUUACGGGGAACAGGGUCUGCAGCCGUCAACAAUGCCUCGCUUGGUAAAACAGCCGCCUAAGCUGCCCACAAACAAAGAGAUGUGGCAUGAUCUGGUUACACAAAUUCGCGAACGUGCCGACUGGUUGGCUGAGAUGGAAAUGCUUGGAGAAGCAGAUGCACACCGGGAUAUGAUACAAGACCAGAUAGCUGAGCGCAUGCGGGCACUCGACGCUUUGGGGAUCGACAGCGAAUGCUCUUCAGCAAAGUCCAAAGCCUCGGGGUUCAGUGUGCUGGACACCGGGAGAAGAAGCGUCAGAAGCAGAGGCAGCGAUCGUAAGACAGUGUGUUCCAUGCGAUCAACCUCAUCUCAAGGAAAGAAAACUCUAAAAGAUAUGCAACAGAAAAAGGGACAAGAAGAAAAUGUAGAGGCAUAUCUUAGUAUUUCACCGCUACAAUAUACGCCCCGCCGUCGCGUUUAA